GAAGGCCUUUAAUUUAUUUAACACAUGGAUCACUAAAGGUAAGCCCGUUGAUGCAGUUACGUACAACACGUUGAUUUCCGUCCUUUGCAAAGAAGGGAAACUUGAUGAAGCAUUUGACCUCAUGACUGAGAUGGAGAAGAAAAAAUUGGGGCCGGACCGAUAUACUUAUACUGCCAUCAUUGGUGCACUUACUCAUGCUGGGAGAACUGAGGAAGCAAAGAAAUUCAUGUCAAAACUCCUAGAGACAAGUCCAAAUAUGAUAAGUGAAGACACUUCACAAAUGCUUGGUUCAGGCGACAUGGAUUACUCAGAACAGAUAACUAAUUUUUGUACUCAAGGGAAGUAUAAAGAGGCAAUGAAACUAUUUCAAGAAUCAGAGCAGAAAGGAGUUAGUUUGCAUAAAUCUGCAUAUUUCAAGUUAAUGGAUGGGCUAUUGAAGAGGCGGAAAAGCAUAUCGAAGGCCUCCUUAUCAGAUUGACACAAUAAAUUCAAAUUGGCAUUUAGAUUCCUGAUGUUCAUCAUGUUGAACCCAUUUUAUUGGUGGUUUUGCUGUGAUGACGAUCCAUUAUUUCAUCAGGAUUUCUUGAAGGAUCAGAAGGUCCUUGGUUCUUAUCCAAUCUGUUGCCUACCCAGCAUGGUGUACAUUAUAGGUGGCGAUGGGACUAUGCGAGGAGCUGUGAAGAUAUUUGAUGAAAUUAGACGUCGCAAACUGAAUGUUGCAGUUGUUGGAAUUCCUAAGACCGUGGAUAAUGAUGUGGGAAUAAUUGACAGAUCUUUUGGAUUCCAAACAGCACUUGAAAUGGCUCAGCAAGCAAUAAGUGCCGCUCAUGUAGAGGCUGUGAAUGCUGUUAACGGGAUAGGCCUGGUAAAGCUGAUGGGUCGAAGUACAGGGCACAUAGCUUUAUAUGCAACACUUAGCAGCCGUGAUGUCGAUUGCUGCCUAAUUCCUGAGAUAGACUUUUUCUUGGAAGGAAAAGGAGGACUUUUCGAAUUUCUCGACAAGCGACUGAAGGCAAACGGGCAUGCGGUGCUUGUGGUUGCUGAGGGUGCUGGCCAGGAUAUAAUACCCAGAACCGAUUCACAGAAGCAAGAAAAGGAUGAAUCUGGCAAUCCAGUGUUCUUGGAUGUUGGUGUGUGGCUGAAAUCAGAGCUAAACAAGUGGUGGGCGAGGGAGCACCCGGGUGAGUUAUUUACGGUGAAGUACAUAGAUCCUACAUACAUGAUUCGUGCUGUUGCUGCAAAUGCCACUGAUAAUUUGUACUGCACACUUCUAGCGCACUCUGCAAUUCAUGGUAUUAUGGCAGGGUAUACUGGAUUUGUAGCUGGUCUUAUUAAUGGAAACUAUGCAUAUAUUCCAUUGGAUGAUAUAGCGAGUGCAAAGAACCCAGUCAAUACAAAAGAUCAUAAGUGAUCGUGGGUGAGAUCUGUCACCAAUCAGCCUGAUUUUGAAAGGAGCUAGAAGUUCAAACAUCUAACUUUUCACAGACCCUUCUUGGAACAAAAACUAUUCUCAUUCUUAGAAUAUCAUCUUAUUCGUCUUCUCUGUGAUUGUCAUGAGCUCUGAACAAAAUACACUACUUGAUUCCUACAUCAAUGUUGCGGUUGCACCAGUACGACUGGAUUUACCAGAUGUCUAAAUUAGGGCCAACUUCCUUCUUUGUGGACUUGUGGUGGCACUCUAAUCGGCAGAUUGUGUAUGAAUUUGUAACAGAACAGAAAAGAGAGAUUUUUUCAAAUGUAUUAACACCCUGAACUGUUUAUUGGAAGAUAAUUCAGAGUUUUGGGGAGAAAUGUGAUAGUGGGUUUAGAUUUAGGAGGAAAAAGGAUGUCUUAUUGGAGACUUUCUCACUGAUUCUCAAUACAAUAAGAAGAUUAUAUCC